UCAGCACUGAUUCAUGAGUUCGGCUGCCGUCGGCUCAGCCUACCUGUUGGUCUGACGUCGGACCCCGGCUGAUCGUGGACCUGAUCGCGGAGUUGGGGGUUAAAACCGACUGAACCCGGAGUGGAUGAGGAACCUAAACAUGUUUCCACGGUUAUUACUUUGGACCGCUCUGGCCGCGUACCGCGGGACGCCGACCUGCGACGGAUUUAACAUAGAUGUGAAGUUUCCUGUGAUUAAACAGGGGAAAACCGACGGGAGCUUCUUUGGAUUGUCGGUGGCUCUGCACAGACAGACGAAGGGCUCCGACAAAUAUCUGCUUCUCGUAGGAGCGCCCAAAGAAAAAGCCGUGCUGCCGAAUGUCAACGAAACGGGCGCCGUGUACGCCUGUCCAAUCAGCGAAGACCCCACAGACUGCACCAGGAUGGAUCUGGUCACAUCAACCGACCCGUCGCAGAUAGUGGAGGGCAUGUGGCUGGGCGUGACGGUGGCCAGCCAGCGGAGCCUGAAGGAGGGACGCGUGCUGGCGUGUGGGCAUCGUUAUGUGAAGAUCAGCUCAGACGACAGGCGGAUGAUCGGAAAAUGCUACGUAAGGAGUAACGAUCUGACGUUUGACAAGUUGGAUGACUGGCAAGAUGAUGGUCAUAACCCCUGUGACUAUUCGAAAGACCACAGAUAUGAGGGAAUGUGCAACCUGGGCAUCUCCGGUUUCAUAAGUCAGACUGAUGUCGUCCUCGGCGCCACGGGAAGCUAUCACUGGACAGGGAAUGUCCAUUUAGCCCAGAGAGAUCCAAACCCAUUGAGCUAUGGGAUGGUUUUUCAGAAAACGAUAGAUGACGUGAAAAAAAAUAACAUCUAUAUAGGUUAUUCAGUUCUGGAGGAGCGAAAACUGCUGAGUCGUGACCAUGACACUGUUGUGACGGGGUCCCCCAGGGAUGAGUCCAAGGGCUCCGUGAGGUUGGGAGAACAGACGCUCAACAGAAUCCAGAUAAUCCACACCAUCCUGGGAGAACAAGUGGGCUCCUACUUCGGGAGCAGCCUGGCUGUCACUGACCUCAACAAUGAUGACUGGAACGACCUGAUCGUUGGGGCUCCGUUUUACUUCGACCGCGGCGCGUUGAGGGGAGGAGCAGUGUACAUUUUCAUGAAUGAGAACGGAUCUUUCCAGAGUACCUGCUCCAUGAUGCUGACCGGUGAAGCCUUCUCCGGGUUCGGCACUGCAGUCGCUGCCAUCGGCGAUGUCAAUCAGGACGGAUUUCAAGACUUUGCAGUAGGAGCUCCUUUUCAUGGAACAGGAUGGCUCUACAUCUGGAUGGGAAGUAAAACUGGAGUCUCCAAGGAGCCCAGUCAGAUAAUUGAGGGGAAGUCAGUGAUCAACGGCAAAUUCCAAACCUUUGGUUACUCCAUAAAUGCAGGCAUGGACACGGACAACAACGGCUACCCGGACAUCUUGGUUGGCUCACUGGAUGACCGCGUAGCUCUUCUAAGAGCUCGCCCUGUCAUUCACCUGACCCUAGACUUCUCUGCUGAGCCCAAGAUAGUGGAUCCUAUGAAUUGUCCUGCAGCUAAUCCAUGCAUCUCAGUGACUGCGUGCCUGUCGUUCACGCUAAGCAACGGAAACAAAGACUUUAACAAAAAUAUCAAUAUUCCUUGCAAAGUUGAAGCCGACACGCUGUACAGUAAAAAACCUCGAGUCCAAUUCCAAAACGGUGUCAAUAAAUUCAUUAUAACUCUGACCCGGCCGUCUUCUAGCCCCGUCUGUCACGUCCUAAAACUAAGUGUUGAGGACCGUGUGAAGGACAAGCUGGAACCGGUGGUCUUUUCCCUCAACGUAACGUUACCGGAGCAGGACGGCAAAGCCAGAAGCACCGAAGAUCUCAUCCCCACUAAAAGUCCAGAGCAGAAACUCACCCAGAAAACUGAGAUAAACUUUCAGAAGGCGUGCGGCUUAGACAACAAAUGCACCAGUAACCUGCAGCUGUCUGCAGAGUUUGCUCACGAUAACGGAACCCUGGUCCCCAGGAAGAAGCUCGUUCAGGUGCUCCAGUUCGACAAGAGCUUGAAAAGAAUAAAGCUGCUGGUGGAGGUUACCAACUUUGACUCGCCUGGAAAGAAGGCGGAGGACGCCCACCUGGCCAUGCUCAACGUCUCCAUCCCCAGCGCAAUACAGUACUCCGGCGUCAGAUCUGACAACCCUGACGUAGAAUGUCGCUUUGAUGUGACAGUCAUGUGUGAGCUGGGGAAUCCACUAAAGGCCAAAGAAAAGGUGUCGCUGCAGCUUUUAUUCGAGACUUCGGGCAUCGAUCUGUACACGACAGCCAUAGAGAUUCGACUGAUGCUAUCAACUCUUAGUGAGCAGAGUGACCUGAGGCCGGCCACGGCAGCCCUGCAGAUUGAAAGUGUCAUUAAACCCUCCUUUUUCCCGAAGAACUUUGUGGAGAAAACUAAAUUUGGAGGGACAGUGAAGGGAGAGUAUGCCAUGCGCAACACCAGUGACGUCGGCAGUCUGGUGGAGUUCACCUUGAAUGUGGAUAUGCUUGACGAGCCUCUGGGAGAUAUGGGGACCCUCGCCGUAGAGUUUGAUUGGCCUCUUGAAGCGCCCAAUGGCAAGUGGCUGCUGUACCUGACAAAGAUUGUUGUUAAAGGAGAAUCGGAAAUGGAUUGCAUCCCAGCCGGAGUGAUCAAUCCGCUUAACCUAACUUUGUCGGUGGGCCGACCCAGGCAGGCCAGGUCCAAACGGCAGACUGACGAAAACGACACGGAAGAAAAGAUUCCUCUCCAAGCCAUUGAGCCGCAGGCGGCAAUCACCCUGCACUCCCCUCGGAAAAGCUACGUUUUGGACUGCUCUGUGGGGACGGCGAGAUGCGUGAAGUUCACCUGUCCUCUGCUCAACAUGUCCAGGACGGCCGAGAUUCGGGUCCGCUCUCGCCUGUGGAACAGCACCAUGUUGGAGGACUAUCCCAACGCUCUGAACGUUCGAGUCAAAGUUCGUGCCACGCUGAAGCUCAUCACGGAUAAACCAACCAUCAAGAUGGACGCUCACGAUCUGCCUCUUGCUGUGGAUAUAGAGCCAGAGGAAAGUGUGGAGAUCCCCUACGAGCUCCCGCUGUGGAUCAUCAUCUCUGCAGCUGUAGCAGGACUUCUGCUUCUAGGAAUCAUCAUCCUUAUCCUGUGGAAGCUUGGGUUCUUCAAGCGAGCCAUCUACUACCGGGUAAUGCCAAAGCACCGUGGCGUAAGAAUUCGCAGAGCUGAACGCUAUCAGUUCGAUCUGGGAUUUCAGCCAGAGGAGCCACAGAAAAAGUACUGGAUGACCAGCUGGACAGAGACGCAGCAUUGCUACUACUGAUGCCUUUGAACCCCUUACUGCCACAGAGAACACUGGGCCUGACUGGGCCUGACCGGGCCUGACUGGGCCUGACUGGGCCUGACCGGGCCUGACUCGGCUGCAAGGACUUCAGUGCAUGGACCUACUGUGGACAGUGCAUUUCCUGUUUUGUUUUUUUGUUGUUGUUUUCAAUUAGUAUUCCAUUUCCUGAACUUUUUCUGUGCAAUAUGCUGAACAUUUGGAGAGAUUGUAAUUUGUUAAGUAUUUUUUUGUUGAAUGCAGUGUUGUACACUGAAAUCCAUGUUGCAUCCAGAGGUAAACUUUUGUUGUGUUUUUAGGUGUUAACUCUGCAUGUAACUUUUCAUCUUUUUUUUAAAUGUUUUUCUUUUUCUUUUCUUUUUUUUGCUCAGUCUCUCAACAUCUCUCCCCUAAAGGAGAUGGGGGGGAAAUGUUUUCUUUUGCGUUACCUUGCAGAGGUAUUGCAUUCACACACAAUACGUUUUUAGUGUAUUUAGAAGUCGGAUCAUGAGGCAUCCUGAAUACUGAAAGUAAUUAUCUAAAGUCUUAUAUCUUCUCUUUUCUUCAGAUUAAUGCAUCAGGUUUCCAUCCUUACUCUAAAACAUAAACAUGACAGAAACUUUCUGUCACGAUGGAAAGAAAAAUAUACAUCCAGACUAUUUGGACUAAUUGUGAGUUAUUUUCACGGCACCUGAUAGUCGUUUUCACCUGCAGCCCUGAUUUUAGAUCAAUUUUCAACCAGUUUUUUACACCAAAGAGUUUAGAACACAUAAACUUGUUUUCACUCAGGAUCUUUAAAGGUGUACUUAUAUAGAAAUUUAAAUUGGGUGUAUUUGCAAAUUUAUUGUGUGGGAACACACAAUCUGACAGAAUGCAAUACUUUUACAAGGUAACACAUAAGAAAAAAACUUCCCUUAUUGUCCCUUAGGAGGCUCCGUACUUUUGCGCAUUGUUGUUGUUUGCUUUUAUAUAACAGGUCUUGAAGGUCUAGAUUUUAUAUUUUGACAACAUCCACUCCGUUAUGAGUUGUUGACUGUCUUUGCUUGAAUGUCAAUGUUGGAAAAGCAUCACAAGGUCUGAUAAUCCUCAGAUGCAGGAUUAUUUUUGUUAUAUUUCUGGUUUUAUAUUGCUUAUAUCACUCACAUUUUAAUUGUCUCUCAUAAUUUCCACACCAGGGUUCACCAAAUCGGCAGAGUACACUUGAUUGUUAAUUUAUUGCACCAUGCUGAGCUAACACAAUAAACAGAUGCUAUGUUGAUAUCUUAAGUAUCUCAAACAGGGAGUCUGAACACUGGAAACUAUUUGAUUGCAAGGGUGUAGAUGACAUUGUACAUAAUAGCGAGUUAAAUUGACUGAAUAAAAGCAUGUUUUUGGCCUUUGC